AUGUCGCAUGUGGGUGUCGCCUCCUCUAAGCAAAAGGUGCUUACAGGCGUUUUACUACAGACUGCAUGUGUGCUGGUGGAGGGGGAAGGUGGUCCGGUGAAGGCAACUCUGUUGUUCGAUUCUGGGUCAGACCAUUCUUAUGUGACCAGCGCAUUGGUUCGCAAGGUUCGACCAAAAUGGCUGUCCACAAUCAAGCUAGCAUAUUCGGCCUUUGGUGGAAGCAAAUCUGUAGCAAGGGAUCGUAGCGUGUAUGAAAUUAGGGCUAGGGGUGCAGUAGAGCGAGGGGCUCCCAGAGUCAAGUUCGCUGCUGUGGAAGUGCCUGUGAUCUGUGCUUCCCUUCAGCACCCUAGAGUAUCAGUAAAUUCACUAGUCAAGUCGUGCGAUUUACCCCUUGCGGACAUCUAUUCAGGUGGCGAGGAGGCCUCGGUUGAUAUCCUAAUAGGCAUGGAUCACUACUGGGACCUUGUGAAAGACGGGAUGAAACGUUUGCCUGAAGGUCCAGUCCUGCUCGAGACCUUAUUUGGUUGGGUCUUAUCUGGUAGAAAAGCGGGAGGGGGUGUCCAGUUGGAGCCACUCUCGCUAUUAUGCGUUGGGAAUGAUUUAGAGCCUGCUCUUCGCAACUUCUGGGAGCUAGAGUCAAUAAGUAUUUUUGAGGGAGAAAAAGGGCUACCGGAUCGGGUCUUGGAGACUUUCAAUGAGACUAUCACGUUCGUAGAUGGUCGAUAUGAGGUUGCCCUCCCAUGGAAGGAGCCCGCAAGCCUACCCAAGUUACUGAAUAAUGAGAGACAGGCAGAAGCUCGUCUACAAGGUUUAUCCCGUAAGUUGAGUCGAGAUAGCUCAUUAGCCGAUAGUUAUAGAGGCGCCCUGCAUGAGAUGGAAGAGAAUGGGGUAAUUGAAGAGGUCCCUAAGCAUGAAGUGAGUGUGCCUUGGCCCAUUUUCUAUCUGCCUCAUAGACCGGUCGUGAAAGAAAGCCGUACAUCAACAAAGGUUCGUCCUGUUUUUGAUGCAUCAGCAAAGGGCUCUAAUGGGGUGUCCCUCAACGACUGCCUCGAGACUGGACCAUCAUUGAUACCGAGUUUAGUAGAAGUCCUAGUGCGUUACCGACGUUGGCCUGUGGCUUUGACAGCGGAUAUCACAAAAGCCUUCUUACAGGUGCAACUAGGUAGGGAAGAUCGAGAUGUUCACCGAUUUCUUUGGGAUGAUGGUAAUUCUGUUCGGAAAAUGCGUUUCCGUCGGGUUACUUUUGGAAUUAACAGUAGCCCCUUUCGGCUGAAUGCCACCAUUGCCCAUCAUCUCGAAUCGCUGCCCUCUACGCCCGUGAUUGAGGAGCUCAAAGAGAAUCUUUACGUUGAUGAUUGGCUAUCAGGUGCAAACAGCGUGGAAGAGGCCUGUGCCAUGUUCACUGAGGCCCAAGCUGUCAUGCAGAAGGCAGGGAUGGUUCUUGCGAAGUGGGGAUCAAACAGUCGGGUAGUUACUUACAUGUGGAGCAAGUCGCUAGAAAGCACUUCACCAGAGGCUGGAUCUCGUAAAAUACUUGGAGUGAGUUGGUUGUCGCAAGAUGAUGCUUUCUCCUUUGAGGGAGUAGAGGUGCCGCCUAAUCUGGUAAUCACUAAGAGCAUUGUCCUGAGCUGUAUCGCUAGGCUUUUCGACCCACUGGGGUUCCUCAUGCCAUUCUCAAUGACGGCAAAGUGUAUAUUUCAAGAGUUGUGGCAGAUGGGCUUGCAGUGGGAUGAGGAGGUAUCAGAGGUGGUCAACUCGAGAUUUUCUCGUUGGCUGGCAGGUCUCAAACUGCUAUGUGAGUGGCGGAUUCCCCGGUGCUACGCACAGGUUGCAUGGAAGAGCCACAGAGAAAUAGAGCUUCAUGUCUUUGGGGAUGCCUCUGAGCGUGGAUAUGGAGCAGUGGUGUACACCAACUCCUUAGGGAACCUUUGA